AUUUCUUCUUCUUCCGUGACACGACAACCCACAGGCCACAACCAUUAUUCAUCCGUUGAAAAGCCGAGAAAUUAAGGUUUUUCGGCCAAAAUUAUAAAGAUAAAGUUCAUCCAAAGAUAAAGCAAGUCUUAUCACAAUGGUGAAAGAAAACGAAACAGCAAAUCCAAAUGCGAACACCGGCGAAGGUGCGGAGGGUCCCUCAAAAAAAGCAGCCAAGAAACAGGCCAAGGAAGCUUUGAAAGCUGCCAAGAAAGCCGAACAUAAGGCGGCUGCUGGAAAGGGGGAGAAUGGCGAUAAUGCUGGAGACUCUGCUGAAGAUUGUUCCGCAGGCCGUUAUGGCAUGUGUGGUAUCAUCAAUUCUAAGGAAAAACACGACGAAAGGAAAUUUGUUGCUGUUACUGAACUAAGUAGUCAUAUGGGUAAAGGUCCUGUGUGGGUGCGUGGUCGUGUACACACAUGCAGAGCAAAGGGCAAGCAGUGUUUCUUGGUUUUACGCCAGCAAAGCAGUACGGUCCAAUGUAUAUUGGCAGUGGGAGACAAUGUUUCGAAACAAAUGGUCAAGUUUGCAGGAAACUUGAACAAGGAAAGCAUUAUCGAUAUUGAAGCUGAGGCCGUGAGUGUUCCCAGCAAAAUCGAGUCUUGUACAGAGCAAAAUCUUGAACUGUCCAUUAAACAACUGUUUGUAGUGUCACAAGCCAAGGCCCAGCUGCCUUUGCAAAUCGAAGAUGCAUCGCGUCCUGACAAUCCUGAUGACACCGAGGGCCUUAAUAUUCGUGUUAACCAGGACACACGUUUGGACAAUCGUGUUCUGGAUUUAAGAACGCCAGCCAAUCAAGCCAUCUUCCGUUUGGAAGCCGGUGUUUGCCGUUUAUUCCGUGACAUACUUACCGACAAGGGCUUCACAGAAAUCCAUACACCGAAAAUCAUAUCCGCCGCCAGUGAGGGCGGUGCCAAUGUCUUCACAGUCAGCUAUUUCAAAGAUUCUGCUUACUUGGCACAAUCCCCUCAACUGUACAAACAAAUGGCCAUUGCUGCUGACUUUGACAAAGUGUUUACGGUGGGUGCUGUGUUUCGUGCCGAGGAUUCCAACACUCAUAGGCAUUUAACCGAAUUCGUUGGCCUUGAUUUGGAGAUGUCUUUCAAAUAUCACUACCAUGAAGUGUUACACACUAUUGGGAAUACCUUUACCGAUAUUUUCAAGGGAUUACGUGAUCGCUACAGUCGCGAAAUUGAAGCUGUUGGACAACAGUACAAAGUGGAACCAUUUAAAUUCUUGGAGCCUCCUUUAAUUCUGCAAUUUUCCGAAGGUGUAGCCAUGCUUAGGGAAGCAGGUGUUGAGACUGGCGAUGAGGAGGAUCUUUCGACGCCUAAUGAAAAGCUAUUGGGUCGUUUGGUUAAGGCCAAAUAUGACACUGACUUUUACAUUUUGGAUAAAUUCCCCUUGGCCAUUCGGCCGUUCUAUACCAUGCCCGAUCCCAAUAACCCCAUCUAUUCCAAUUCUUACGAUAUGUUUAUGAGAGGUGAAGAAAUAUUGUCGGGAGCCCAGAGAAUACACGAUCCAGAAUUCCUAACAGAAAGAGCAAAACACCAUGGAAUUGAUAUUACUAAAAUCGCUGCCUACAUUGAAUCCUUCCGUUUUGGCUGUCCCCCACAUGCUGGCGGUGGUAUUGGCAUGGAACGUGUAGUCAUGUUGUAUUUGGGCCUUGACAAUAUCCGCAAGACCUCCAUGUUCCCCCGUGACCCCAAGAGAUUGACGCCUUAAGCCAAUUCAAAUCAAACGCAUUUUUACAUACAUACACAUAGGACGUACAAGCUUUAAGCUUUAGUAAAGGCCCAGUUUCUUUAAUGUAUGUUACUUUUCGACGUUUCUUAGUUUCCAUUUUACUUUGUUUUUUUUUUUAGUUCUUAAAUAUUUGAUUUGAUUCAUUCAUAAACUUCAUUGCUUUUUUCCUCUAUUCAUUGAUUUACUUAAAUGUUAUAUGCGAAACUUUUAUCUUAAAUUUAAUUAUAUUUUCGUUGUUUAACAACAAAUCACCACGACUUUUCUAUAUGAACACAAAAUCCUUUCGGAUCAUACCACAAGGCUGAUUUAUACUUUUAGCCCAAAAAAGAAAAAAGCUAAAUUGGAUACAUUUUGGAACUCUAUAAUUAUUUUUUCAAUCAAUAAAAUCGUAUAUUUUUAUUGCAUAUUCAAAACACAUAAAA